AUGUUGCAAUUAUUCACUAAAUGUGAUGUAUUUAUAAAGAAGUUAGAUUCAAAAUUGUCUCUUUUUGUCAUCAUCUCACAAUAGUUAUAUUUCCAUAAAUUAUUAGAAAUUAAAAUGGCUGGAAAAUGAAUAUGAUAUACCCUUUAAGGGUUUAGAUAUCUUCAUAAGAAAUCAAUACAUGAUUUACUAAACUACAAUGUAUAUAUUCAAAUCAUAUCAGUCAAUCAAGAUCAAUAAUUAUCUAAUAUUAUUAAAAUAGGAUCAACAAAAUAUAUUUAGAUAAGAUAGUAAUUUAGUAAUUAAAUAUUAUUUUAACCACCUCAAAGAAAAUACAAUCAUCAUAGAAGAAGGUAAUGAUAUGAGAGUAAAUCUACUUGUGCUACCUUACACUCCAACAUGGCACACCAAAUAAAAGAGGAGUCAUAGCACACAGGUCUUCUUUUACAAGGAGUCUAUAACAUCACUAUCCUCUUUUCUUGUACACAAAGAUUUUACAAAUCGAUGGAUUCAUUACUAUUUCUUCAAGUCACCUUGAAAGAAUAAUGUCAAUAUUCCCAUUGGUUCUCAAGCAGGUCUACCCACUAGGAACUCACAUAUGCAUGCAUCUUCUUCAAUAGUCUUAUUUAAUGAAAUUAUUAAAAAAACUAAUAAAUCAUCCUUGUGAACUCUGAAAAUUUUAGAAAAUAACAUUACAUUAAUUUAUAUAUGACGCUCCCAAAGUGGACGUCAUAAUAGGUGUUGAAUCUUUAAAAGAAUCCCAAAUUUAACAGUACAAACUGACUAUUUUUGCCCCAAGUUUAGAUGCUUAUUGGUGACGAGCUAAACCAACCCACUUCUCAAACGGGUUGGCAUUCAUGGACCCCAAAUAUCUGGGUUCAGGUUAACACGAAACCCUUGGAAAUAAAGGGCUGUCCCCUGCGACCCAAAUCAAAGAAUUGCAUGUACGAGUAGAGUAAAAUAUUUUCUACAGGCUAGAGCCCUGUGUAGGGGUCGGAACACUGAAAGCCAUACUGCCAGUUAAUGCUACACAAGGCGGCAACGAUCCAUGCUGAGAUUAUGAGAAGAGGAGAUGUAGCGAGAGGACUUCUUUAGAGACUCCGAACGUCGGUUUUCUACACCGAUCCCGGCGCGGAGGGCUGCGCCAGGGAAGUACGAUUCCCACUGCAGCGCCAGCGCGCGGCACCUGGCGCCGCGCACGGGAGCGAGCGGAAGACGCCGAGAGGUCGGCACGCGCAAAGAAGACGGCCCGUAUCGGGCGCUUUCGCACACCGAGGACAAGGAUGGCGUCGGCCAUGUGAGGCCCAUCGGCGGAUGCGCCGCGUGGGGCCCCUCGUCAGUGCCGACCUUGGCGUCCAUCACCGACCUUGUCAUCCCCACUCGAACUUAUAAUUACAGCACGGUCAAAAGGGGGAUGAUUUAGCGAAGGGUUACUCUUCUGGCGGAGCCUUAAAUGGUGGGCCGCGACAGGCUGGCCGUGGUGCACUUGGAUCCGCAAAAGUGGAGCAGACGGUGUAUUGAGGCAUUAUAACGAACACCUAGUAAGGUUUCCUCUCUCUCUCUCUCUCUCUCCUUGA